AUGAAUAAAAAUUUCAAUAUUUCCAAUUAUAAUUUAGAUUUAAUUAAAUGCUUGCAAAACGAAUCUGGAAUAUACUUUAUAUUAGAUCCGACAAAAGCAAUACAUGACAAAAAACAUUCAGACGUCUAUGAUAUAUUUAUCCCAGAAAAUAGUGAUGGAGUUACAUUACAUGUUCAGAAAGUAAAUAAUGAAUAUAAAUGUAUAGGGGUAAGUAUAACCAAACGAGGAAUAGAUAUAAAUACUGGAACGAGAAUAUUUAAUACAAAAAUAGCUGAUUGGUUAGAGCAGCUUUUUAAUUUUAAUAAAACAUUAGGAAGUAAUAAUAAUGAAUCAAAUAAUGCAAAUAGUAAUAGCAAUGAAAAUGAAGAUGGAAAUAAUAAUACAGAAAAUCGGACUAAUAAUUUAAACGGUAAAAAUAACUGGUCUAAUAUGGAAAGAAACGGAGCAAACAAUCAUGGCUUCGGUGCAAUUGUUAAUAACAAAAAUACCAGUAUUAAUGCAAAUCCAAUAAAUAAUAUCGGAGCAACUAAUAAUAAUGAGCAAGGAGAUGCAAUCGGUGAUGAUAAAGAUGCAAACGGUGGUGAUGGAAAUGAUAAUCUCGAAAAUUCUGAUGAUAAUAAUAAUUCUAUUAUAAAUAAUGGAAACAAUAAUAAAUAUAAUAAUAAUUAUAAUAAUGUUAGGCAUAAUUUAUCAAAUAACCAAGCAGGUGCACCUAUAGCAAAUUUAAUAAAAAACUCAAAAGGCGGAUAUGAUAAUUUUGAAAACAAUGAUAAUUAUAAUAAUGCAAUUAAUAUGCCCAAUAAAACAAAAAAUAGUAAAAAUGCAAUAAAUCAAGGAAAUUGCAAUUUAAAUGUAAACAGUAAUUUAUCGGCACAUAUAAUACCUUCGUCAAAUUUAUCUUCACCUCAAUCGAAGAAACAAAAUCAGCAUACUAAACAAAUCCGAUUAAAUCAAAUGAAUAAUUCUCAUAAAUCACAUUUAAUGCAAUAUCAUAAUUCUAAUUAUGAUGAUAAAAAUAGUAAGUUAUAUAACAAUGUAAAUUCUAGCAAUACUGUAAUAAAUAAACACAUUUCUUCUGAAAACUCUGGAGUACUUCAUGCUUCUGCUUCUAAUAAUAAUGAUGCAGUUAAAGUAAAUAAGAUAGGAUGUAAUACUAGACAGAAAAAUGGGCCUCAUAUUUUGCACAAUGGUAAUAAUAAUAGAGAUGGAAAUAAUAAUUCAUACAAAGUACAGCAACAGGUAUAUAAUGAAAAUUUGGGUUAUAGACCUACGUUGUUUAAUUUGUUAGAAGUUUUAUCAAAUCAUAAUAUUACAACACCAGAUCAAAGAGUGUGUAUUAGAGGAAUAGUGACUGAUUUCUUAAAUAAUGAAUUGCCACAUGGAAAAAUAUAUGCAUAUAUCGGUGCAGUAGUAGGUCAUGAUAUAUUGCAUGAUAUAAUAAAAAAAUUAGAAAAAGAUCCUAAUCGAAAUGCCGUACCAGAUGCAUCUGGAUUAGCUAGAAUCGAAGCUUCUUUUGGGUUAAGUAAAUCAUCUUACGAUUUUAUGAAUCAUAAUUCAACUAAUUCAUCUAUGAAUAAUAUUCCUAAUGUUUUAUUUAAUAACCGAAAUUUAAAUAGUGCACUAUUGAAUAAUCAUAUAUAUUCAAAUAUAUUAUCAAACGUGGCAAAUAAUAAUAAUGGUAAUAUUGGGGAUAAUAUGGGUCACUCUGGAAUGUUAAAUGCGGAUACCGAAAAAAUUGCGAACAAUAAAACAGCUAAUGAUAUUAAUAAUAUGAUGAUGAAAUAUGGAGAUAAUGAUAAAUCAGGAGGUUCUUAUAAUAAUAAUAUGCUAAAUAUAAACAAAAAAAAAGCACUUAAUAUGUUAAACAUGCGAUAUAUGGAUAAUAAUAAUAUGACCGAUAUGGGAAAUUUAGGAAUUACCAAUAUGAACAACACAGAUAAUAGUUAUAUGAAUCAAAUGAAUAUUGAUUUAGCUAAUUUAGAAAAUUUAAAUAACGCUAAAAACUCUGGAUUAUCAGUGCAUGAUUAUUUAUAUGCCUCUAAAAAUUUUCACAAUGGUAAUCCUCUUAAUAGAAAUAAUAAUAUAGGUGAAGAUGAAGAAGAAUUAAUGAAGGUUAUAAAAAAAAAUAUUGAAACAUAUAAAAUGAAUAAUAUAAAAAAUAUAUUAAUAUCAUCUGUUUUUGGUAGAAUAAAGUGGCUAAAAAUAAUGAAUGAAUCUCCACAUGCAUAUUUAUAUGGACAUAGUAUAGUAAAAUAUGGCAAUAAAUUAUAUAUGUUUGGGGGUACUAAUAAUAAGCAUAAAAAAGUACCAUUUAAUCAUACAUUAACAUUUAGUCUAAUUUAUUAUAACUAUAAAUUAUUGCCAUUGAGUGGUAAUUAUCCUGAAGAAAGAGAUGGGCACACAACACAUUUAGUUUCAUUGAAAUCUGGAUUAUCUGUAUUUUUAUUUGGUGGUGCUAAUAAUAAUGUAUAUUAUAAUGAUAUAUAUAUAUUAGAUAUGGAAACACGAAAAUGGUCAAAAAGAAUUGUAAAUGGAAAGCUACCAUUGCCUAGACAUCAACAUUGCUCAUUAGUUUAUCCAGCAAAAAGUGAACAUUUAAGAGGAGAAAAAUUAAAUUUAACUGAGGGUGUUAUAGUUUAUGGAGGUAAAUGCUUAUAUAAUAAUAAUAUUGUCAAUUUAAAUGAUAUGUGGAUUUUUUUAUUUCAAGCAAAUAUGUGGAUACGUAUAAAUUAUUUAGGAGAUCAAAUACCUAAUGGAAGAUAUGGAAUGAAUUUGAUUUGGUCUGAUACAAAUACUUUAUGCUUAUUUGGAGGAGAAUAUUUAUAUUCAGACAAAAAUUGUAAAACUAGAAAACUUCUUGAUGAUAUGUGGACCUUUCGAUUGAAUACUCCAGUAUUAAUUAACAAUGCCGAAGAUAUAGGUACAGACAUAAAACAUCUUCCAUGUGAAAAUGCAAUAAAUACUCAAUCUGAACUUCACAAGCAUCAAAAAGGAACAAAAUCCGAUCCUCAUUUAAAUAAUCAAAACGGAAAUAAUGGAAUUUCUAUUCAUGAUAAUAACAAUAAUAAUGAUAAUUGUUAUGGUCAAACUAAUAACUUAAAUGAUAAAAAUGGAAUAAAUGAAAUUGACAAUAAAAUGGGAAACAACAAUAAUGAAUCUCAGUUUGUAGAUAAUAAAGGAAGUAUAGAAAAUAAUAAUAUUAAUAAUAAUAAUAAUAUUAAUAAUAAUAAUAUUAAUAAUAAUAAUAUUAAUAAUAAUAAUAUUAAUAAUAAUAAUAAUAAUAGUAAUAAUAAUAAUAAUAGUAAUAAUAAUAAUAAUAGUAAUAAUAAUAAUAAUAAUAGUAAUAAUAAUAAUAAUAGUAAUAAUAAUAAUAAUAGUAAUAAUAAUAAUAAUAAUAGUAAUAAUAAUAAUAGUAAUAAUAAUAAUAAUAAUAGUAAUAAUAAUAGUAAUAAUUUAAUAAACAAAAUAAAGAUAACAGGAGAAUGGAAACGAGAAAUAUAUGAAGGAAAUAUAGGACCCAGAUCAAACUAUAGUAAUAUUUUCAUUACUCAAAGACACCAAGAUUUUAAAGGUGCAGAACCCAAAACUAUUGAAAAAUUAAUGCUUUUAUGUAGUGGAAUAACUUAUGAUAAUAAGUUAAAAAUUGUUUCAAGUGAUGAAAUUUAUGUAUAUUUUUUUUCACAAAAAAGAUGGUAUUUAUUAAAAGGGAAGUUAUAUAAUGAAGAAUAUAUGUAUAGUGCAAGACAAAGGCAUGUAGGAUGUUUUUUUGAAUCAAAGAAUGUAUUAGGUCGAUCAAAUAGGAAUCCUGUUCCAUGUAUAUUUAUACAUGGUGGUUUUAAAAAAAAUUCCGUAUUUGGUGAUGCAUGGUUAUUAUCUUUGACUGGAGAAAAUCCAUUAAGAUUAUAUGAAUAUGAUACAUGCAGAGAAAAAAUAUCGACAACACAAAUGCCAUUAUAUUAUUUUCGAGAUACCCAUUCUAUAAGUUUAUUGUAUACUUUUUGUACAUUACAAAAAUGGCUAUUUGGCGCUUUUGCUAAUUUAGUAGAUAACUCAGUAUAUGCUAUAAAUCCCGCAGAAAAUGUUUUUAUAAAAUAUGAACUUACUCCUGAACAUGAUGGUAUGGUGUCUAUUCAAGAUGAUGGGGAAGGAUUAGAUUUUAAUGCAAUGAAUCGAAUAUUAAGAAUGUAUGGAAAUUAUAAAAAUUAUGAUAAUAAUUCAUUUUAUAAUAAUAACAAUAAUAAUAAUAUAAAGAAACAUUCGCUACCUAAUAAUGAUGAUUCAGAUAGUUAUGAAAUGGAUAAUUAUAAUGAAAAUGAAGAAGAACAGGAAUAUAAUGAAGAAACUAAUAAUACUAAUGAACUCAACAAUAAUGAAAAUAAUAAUGCUGAUCAAAAUAACAACCAAUAUGUCAAUAAUAAUACUAAAGUAGAUCAAAUGCAACAAAAUGCAGAAAAUUAUAUGAAAUCAGAAAAAGGAGAUGGUGAAAAAAUUUAUAAUAAUAAUUUAUCAGGAUCAAAUUGUGAAGGAAUGAUAAAAAAAGAAAAUGAUACACGUAAUAAAAAUGUUAUUGUUGGAAAGAAGAAAUGUACAUGGAGUGACAGUUUUUAUUAUAAAAAAAAAAAUCAACAUUAUUUUUAUAAUGAUAUUUCUAAUAGUAUAUUUGAUAUUAAAUAUGGUGUAGGUUUUAAAACUGCAUUUGCUAGAAUUGCAUCAAGUUGUGCAAUAAUGUCGAGAACAAUUAACACAAUAGGUAUUGGCUUAUUAUCCCUCGAAUUAAUGAAUCAUUGUGAUGCUAAAGAGUUGGCUACCCCCUUAUGUAUGUGGAAGUUACCAAAUAAAGAAUUAAUAAAUCGAAAUAUUGCUAAUAAAUCAGAACAUAGACAUCAUCAAAAAUUACUAAUGUCUUAUACCCCAUUUAAUAGUCCAAGUUUAUUGGCUGAGCAAAUUAAUAUAUUAGGUACAUAUAGUGGCACUCGAUUAUUAUAUUGGAAUUUUAGAGAUGAUAUGGAUUUUAUUAUUUUUAAUCCAACAAAUAAUAAUAUAUAUCUUAGUAGCUCACCAUUAAGUAUCGAUGAACUCAAAAAUAAAAAACAAAAAAACGCGCAAGGGGAAGGAUCAAAUUUUAACUCCAAAUACCAAGGUGUGAAAGACAUCAAAUUUGCUAAUCGAGUAAUUAAACGAAAAGGAGUUUUUGGGGAUGAUGAAAAUUUAAAAAAACUCAAAACAGAUAUUGAUAAUCCAGAUGAAGAAAUCGAAAAAGAUGAGGACAUUGUUGCUGAUGAUAAAAAUAAUAACAAGUAUAAUAAUAUAGAUGAUAAAUAUAAUAAAGAUGAAGACAAUAUUAAAAAAGAACUUGACAAUAUGAGUACUUCCUCAAAAAAUAAUAUCAUUCUUGAUGGUGAUAAUAAUAAUAAUGACGAAAAUAAAAAUGUAAAUUCAACACAUUAUAAAGAAAAACUAAAAUAUGAAGAUCAAUUAAAAUAUAACAAUGAUAAUUAUUUUAAAAAACGAAUGAAUUUAUUUGAAUAUAAUUCUCAUUUAACUUCAAGUAUUUCAAAAGAAAAAUAUAACAUGAAUCAAAUCUUUCCAUUAUGGGAUCAUCCAAAAGAUAGUAUUGAUUAUUGUUUAUCAACAUAUUUAUAUUGGCUAUAUUUGCGUAGAAGUACAAAUAUAUUUUUGCAAAAUACUUUAUUAAUACCUACAUCUAUGAGAAGAGAAAAAGAUAUGAAUCCAAACAAAAAUAAUAAUGAUAAUAAUGGAAAAAAGAAAGGAACAAAAUCAACCAAAUUACGAAAUAAAAAAACAACCAAACAAAAUGAUGUUAAUAAUAUUCAAAAUGAUGAAAAAAUAGCUGAUAUUGAAGAAAAUAAUGGUGAAAUAGGCAACGUAUCUGAAAUAGUUCCAGAAAAUAAUAACUCUUUUGUAAAAUUUGAGCAAAUACAAGAAAAAAAUGAUGAUAACAAUCAUAGUAAUGUUCAAAAUGAAGCUGAUACAAAUAAUGAAAGAGGAGAAAAUAUUUCUGAACAAAAUCAAAAUACUGAAAUAAAUAAUAAUGGCAUAAAAAAUGAAAAUGUUUGUACAAAUAAAGUAGAGGAAGAAAAGGAAGAAAAUAAUAAUCCUGAGGAUGGAAAAGAAAACAACCAUUGUGAAAAUGAUACAAAUGGUGGGUUAACAAAAUUAGAAAAACAAAAACUUGAAGAAGCACUAGAAUAUGGUAUAUCCCAGGAUCUACAACCUCAAAACUCUGCAAAUAAAAAUGAAGCAGAUGGCGAAGAGGAAGAAGAGGAGGAGGAAGAAGAGGAGGAAGAAGAGGAGGAGGAAGAAGAGGAGGAGGAAGAAGAAGAGGAAGAUGAAGAAGAAACUUCGAAAAAUAAUGAAGAUAAUGGAAAUAUAAACGAAACAAAUAAUGAUGUAGAAAAUGAAGGAAAUAAUAAUGUAGAAAAUGAAGGAGCGAAAGUCGAGGGUGAAGUUAAUGAAGUAGGUGCAGGAGUAGUAAAAACAGAAACACCAAAUGAAAUGGAAACUGAAAAUAAUGCAGAUGAUACUGAAAAAAAUAAAAAAAGCAAAAAAGAAAAUAAAAAUAACGUAGGAAAAACUAUUGAUAAUGCAAACGAAGAUAGUAUUGCUAAUAGAAGGAAAAGAAGAAAAAAAAAAGAUGGUUUAUCAACUGGCACAGUAGCAAAUGGUAAAAAAAAUGGAGAAAUCGAAAAAAUGAAAAAAGAAAAUUAUGUUAAUGUAUAUAUGGAAAAUUUUAAAAUUAAAGAUGAAUAUUAUAUAAAUGAUCCAAGUAAGUAUACAUUAUACCAUUUUUUAAGAAGAAAAUUAUAUAAAAUGGUAGAAAGCCAUUAUUUAUUUACUCCUUCAGAUCAUACAUAUGGUUCUUUUAUUAUGAUGGGAUUUUUAAAUGAUAAUAAUAACACUAGUAUAGAAGUUAAUCGAGUAUGUGAAACUGGUAUAUUAUUGUAUUAUAAAAAUAGAUUAAUAAAAAGAUUAGAUGCUCCAUUUAUUGAUACACCAUAUAAUUUAUUUUUAUCAAAAUAUCCUCCUAAUCCUUCUUUAUAUGAAGGUAAUUUAUAUAAAUAUGCUUUGACUGUUAUUGUAAAUGUUCCCAAUUGGUUAAAACCCUCUGUUAGCAAACAAGAAUUUGUUCAUGAAAAUAAUCACGCAUUUCUUGUUUUUAAAAAGAAGUUAGUUACAUUAAUAAAGCAUUACUUAUCUAUUUGUGAAGAUAUUGUUAAGCUUAACAAAUGGAGAGAGUCAAGAGAUAUGAAAUUAAAAAAAUAUUUAGAAAAAAUGCAAAACCAAAGUGUAAAAAGCCGAAAUGAUUCAGAUUAUGAAAAUGAUAUCGAUAAUAAUAAAAGUAAAAAUUUUAACAUUAUAUAUAAUAACGAUGAAGAGGGAGAUAAUUAUAUGAAUGAUCAAAAUGAUGGAAAUAAAAAGAAAAACGAAGAAAUUAAUUAUUCGGGAAAAAAUAAAACACCAUAUACAAACGAUAACGAACCAAUUUUACACAAAAAUAAAAAAACUAAAACAAAUAAUAAUGAUGAUUUAAAUAAAAGAGAUCACAAUCCAACAUCAGAAAAUGAAUCAGCUAAUAUUGAUAAUGAAAAUAAUCAAGAAAAUGAUGUUUUGGAAGGCGAAAAAGAACAAGAGGAUGAUGAAUAUGACGAAGCUGACCAAGAGGCUGAAGAUCGUCCAAAUUUUGAAGAUGAAAAAGAUGAACAUGAAGAAAAUGAAGAGGAAGCUGAAGAAGAAGAUCCUGAUGAUGAAGAAUAUAAUGGUGAAAUGGAUGAUCAAAAAAAUCGAAGUGUUGAACAAGAGACUGAAGAAGAAAUGAUAGAAGAUGAAGAAUAUGAACCAGAUGAUGAAUGA